GCAGCAUCCAAAAAUCUUCGGACAGCGAGUGUUUUAGUUGUAAUAUCAGCCUCACAAUGGUGACAACGGACUCCGGCCGUCCGCGGUGUCAGUGAAAAGUCACCCAGCUCCAGUGGCACACCAUUCUCUCGCCCCCCAAAUGGCAUCCCCGUGAGCCGCAACACACUCCCGUGCAUCGUUCCCAGUGAAUUCCGUGCGAGAUGCAUCGAUUUCUUGUGAUAUUCCAAGUGUUCUGUGCACUUCUCUGUCCCAAAACCACGCACUGUCUGCCAGAUAUCAUCAAAAUCGGCGGACUCUUCCAUCCUGGCGAUGACACCCAAGAGGUGGCCUUCCGCUAUGCCGUGGAGAAGAUAAAUUCCGAUCGCACAGUUCUGCCGCGCUCCAAGUUAUCCGCUCAAGUGGAGAAGAUAAAUCCCCUGGACAGCUUCCACGCCUCCAAGCGCGUCUGCCACUUGCUGCGAACCGGCGUGGCGGCAAUCUUCGGCCCACAAUCCGCCCACACGGCCAGUCACAUCCAGAGCAUUUGCGACACAAUGGAGAUACCACACCUAGAGACGCGCUGGGACUAUCGCCUGCGCCGCGAGAGCUGCCUGGUCAAUCUCUAUCCCCAUCCCAGCAUGCUGUCCAAGGCCUUCGUGGACAUCGUGCGCGCGUGGGGCUGGAAGAGCUUCACCAUCAUCUACGAGACGAACGAGGGCCUGGUGAGACUGCAGGAGCUGCUGAAGGCGCACGGGCCCAACGAGUUGCCCAUCACAGUGCGACAGCUCAGCGAGUCCGGCGACUACAGGCCGCUGCUGAAGCAGAUCAAGAACUCCGCCGAGUCCCACAUCGUGCUGGAUUGCAGCACAGACAAGAUCUACGAGGUGCUGAAGCAGGCGCAGCAGAUCGGCAUGAUGAGCGACUAUCACAGCUAUCUGAUCACCUCGCUGGAUCUGCACUUGGUGCAUCUGGAUGAGUUCAAGUACGGCGGCACGAACAUCACCUCCUUCCGCCUCGUGGACCCAGAGAAGGCCAUCGUCCAAGACACCAUCGACACUUGGGUGUACGGCGAGACGAAAGCCGGACGGAAGACGUUCUUCGGCAAGAUGACAAACAUUUCCGUGAUACGAACGGAAACUGCCCUCAUGUACGAUGCUGUUCACCUGUUUGCAAAGGCCCUCCAUGACCUGGACACCAGCCAGCAGAUCGAUAUUCAACCCCUGUCCUGCGAUGCGUCCGACACUUGGCCGCACGGAUACAGCCUCAUAAAUUACAUGAAGAUUGUGGAGAUCCGCGGACUCACGGAUGUCAUCAAGUUCGACCAUCAGGGCUUCCGCACGGACUUUGUGCUGGACAUUGUGGAAUUGUCACCGCUGGGAUUGCGAAAAGCCGGCACGUGGAAUUCCACGCAAGGUGUGAACUUCACGAAAACCUACGGCGAGCAGCAGAUGGAAAUCGUUGAGAAUCUCAAGAACAAGACACUCGUUGUCACGACAAUUCUCAGUUCGCCGUACUGCAUGCGGAAGGAUUCGGCGGAGAAAUUGACAGGAAAUGAUCAAUUUGAGGGAUACGCCAUUGACUUAAUUCACGAAAUCUCCAAGAUACUAGGUUUCAAUUACACCCUCAGACUCGCACCUGACGGACGAUAUGGGAGCUACAACAAAGAAACUGGCGAGUGGGACGGUAUGGUACGUGAAUUAUUGGAGCAACGGGCAGAUUUAGCUAUAGCCGAUUUAACAAUCACCUUCGAUCGGGAACAGGUUGUGGAUUUCACAAUGCCAUUCAUGAACUUGGGAAUAUCCGUGCUGUAUAGGAAGCCAGUAAAGCAGCCACCGAAUUUGUUCUCCUUCCUGAGUCCCCUUUCAUUGGACGUGUGGAUCUACAUGGCGACAGCUUAUCUCGGUGUCUCUGUGCUGUUAUUCAUUCUCGCCAGGUUUUCACCUCAAGAAUGGCAAAAUCCUCAUCCAUGCAAUCGUGAUUCCAGCACAUUGGAUAAUCAAUUUUCCCUCCACAAUUCCCUCUGGUUUACCUUUGGUUCCCUCAUGCAACAGGGCUCUGAUAUAAGUCCCAAAGCCGUUUCCACAAGAAUGGUCGCCGGAAUGUGGUGGUUCUUCACGCUGAUCAUGAUUUCCUCCUACACUGCCAACUUGGCGGCCUUCCUCACUGUCGAACGCAUGGAUUCACCGAUUGAGAACGCCGAGGACUUGGCCAAGCAGACCAAAAUCAAAUACGGUGCACUCGGCGGUGGAUCAACAGCUGCAUUCUUCCGGGACUCCAAUUUCUCCACUUAUCAGCGAAUGUGGUCCUUCAUGGAGUCCACGCGGCCGUCCGUGUUCACGACCAGCAACAUCGAGGGCGUGGAGCGCGUGGUGAAGGGAAAGGGCAGCUACGCCUUCCUCAUGGAAUCGACGUCCAUCGAGUACGUCAUCGAGAGGAAUUGCGAGCUGACCCAAGUGGGCGGUCUCCUCGAUUCCAAAGGCUACGGAAUUGCAAUGCCACCGAAUUCACCCUAUCGCACUGCAAUCAGCGGAGCCGUGCUGAAGCUGCAAGAGGAGGGCAAAUUGCACAUCCUGAAGACUCGCUGGUGGACGGAAAAGCGCGGCGGCGGAUCGUGCAGGGACGAGCAGUCGAAGUCGAGCAGCACGGCCAAUGAAUUGGGCCUGGCCAAUGUCGGCGGCGUUUUUGUGGUGUUGAUGGGUGGAAUGGGGGUGGCGUGUGUCAUAGCCGUGUGCGAAUUCGUGUGGAAGUCCAGAAAGGUGGCCGUGGAGGAAAGGGUAAGCCAAAUAUUGCAUGAAACAUAGCUGUAAAGAGUCAGAAUGGCAGUUUUGAUUCGCUCUGCGGAAAAUGCGCACGAAAAACAGAGGACAAGGGAAGUGAACAUGAGAGUCAAAACUGCAAAUUAAAGCAAAAAAAAAGGGACAAGAAAAAUUUAAUGCAAGAAGAUAUUUACUAGAAAAAAAUCAAUUUCUAAAUUAAAUUAAAUUAAUUUAAUAAGGAAAUCAUUGUAUAUAUAGUGAAGAAUUAUAAUCUUUCAGAGGAGAAAUUAUAUUAUAUAAAGGAAAUUUCAAUAUGGAAUUUAUGACAAAUUGUAGGCAUUUUAUCAUGAAUUUUCAAAAUACACACAAAAAGGAGAAAAAGAAAAGAAAAAGAAAAACAAUUAAUCAAUUGACACGGAGUUUAAGAUGAAGAGGUUUUAGAUAAAGAAAAUGUUUCAAAUGAAUUUAUACAUAUAAAUACCUAUUUAUGGACCAAAAAGUUACUUUACGCAUUUCAUAAUUAAUUAUAGCUUCACCUUUGUUCACAAUUCACCCCAAAAAUUACCCUCUUUGUGGACAGAUAUUUAUUAGAUUGGUCAGUAGAAAACAUUCAUGGAGGCAAAAAUUGCUGAAGAGAAAAGGAAUAAGAAAAAAAUUAACCAAUGUGAAUAUAUCAUCAACAUUCCAACGAAUUUUUGAAUAUCGAAUAGAUGACAAAUUCCCCUUAUUGCCAAAAGAAUAAAGAACAAAAAGGAUGAAAGACAGAGAGAAAAGCGAAGAACAAUGAUAAAUAAAAUUGUAUAAUUGACAAAUAGGCAUUAUUUUGGUGAAAAAUUGCCCAGAAGCGUUAAAUUUACUGCCAAAAUUUUACUUUUACUGUAGAAAGUAUGAGCAAUAAUGCGAGAAAAAAGUUGUACAAUAAAUUAUUUAUUGCAACAACAAACGAAAAAAAGUACCACUCAUUCUUUUUCCAACUCCAAAAACACCCCUUAAAUUAUUCAUGCAGUUUUUAUAUUUCCACAAUUCACGGUUUUGUUCCUCAAAAAUCCAACUCAUUCUCGCGUCUCAGGCAUUUCUUCUUCACACACACCCAAUAAAUUCAUUUUGAACAUUAAACCAGACGAAGAAAGUAAAAUUGUCGAGGGGUAGGUUUGAUUUCCACGAAAAUAGGAGACGCUUUUGCUCCGCAAUUUCCCAAGAAUUCCCAUCCGGAGCGGAUUUUCUUCCUCCUCGAAAACCCUUCUUUUUUUUCCCCAAAUCAUCUUGAGUGCCUCGAAUCUGGGAGGAAAAAAAUGUGUGCAUGAGUGUGUGUGAGUGAAAACGAUGCAGAAAUUUCCUCAGGGAAUCAAUAAUUCAGUUGAUAUAGAGAAUAUUGGAAAAUUGAGACGAAGCGCGCCUCUGAAGAGUGGCACGCGGGAGGAAAAAAAAAGCUCAGGCAAAACAUUUAUAGGAAAUCUCAAAUGCAAUAUUUUACGAAUUUUCUCUUCAUAAAAACAAAUAUAUUGUGUGCAAAUCUUUUUUGCUUCCCGCUUGUUGGCUCUGUUGGAAAUAAAAUAGGAGGUUUCACUGUGUUCGGAAAUGGCCUCAGAGCUUCGUUUUGCCCUUAAGUGCCGCUCAAAAACACGCGGAAUUCGCCACAAUCACGCCGUUAAUGAUUUGGACAGUGCGGAAAAUCAUCGUUUUCACCCACUCGGACCGCCCUAUUCACAAUACGAGUUCGACACUAAAGCCACGAUGGAAUAGAAUCUCUCAAAUACUCAACAGUCAACACUUAGCAGACCAUUCGAAGUCACACAUUUACACGCGCAUAUUUAUCUAUAUAGAGAGCACUCGGUAUUUAGAAAAUAAGGGUCGCGAGAGAGAGGAAUGAGAAAUUGAAAUUACUUGUGAAAAUCUCCUUAAGAGAUGUCAGAUCGCAAAGUAAAUGGCUUUUGGCACAGAAGGAAGGAAGAAAAGAGCUCUCAGAACUUUCUUUUGUACUUUUUUACAAUAAAAAAAAACUACCCCCCCAAUUGACUACAAAGGAAUUUAUAUAAAUAUAUUAUAUUGGAAAUUAUUGUAACUACUUGCCAGAAGAGGGUGAACUGUUCAUUGUAUAAUCUCUCACCCUCGAAUCCCAUUUGCAUUGCGCCAUUGUCGUGGAGUUGCUGAUGAUCCCGAGGGAUCUUCUCUCAGGCUGUUAAAUAUUCAAAUUAUACACAAGCAAUCUGACUUACACCAGACGAAAUUCACUCUCCACGCGCAGUCUUUGCGAUGCAAAUGAGGCGUCCUCUUGUUCAGACCUUUCUUUUUCGCAUGGAAAUAAAGCCAAAGAAGAAAAAAAAACUGUGUAAUAGCAAUAAGUCUCAAUUAAAUAUCCUCAUCAACAGAAGAAAACUCACUGGAACUGUUUCACUCCAUCCA